AUGGCGGGAAGCCAGAAACGUAAUCUUCAGGCCAAAAGGCCAGCCAAACUUAUAAUUCUAUCAACUCCGAGCCGAGCAGUUGGUCGUGAAGUGACUGGACCAAAAAAAUCUAUCGAAAUUCCCCGGUCCCCGCCCUAUUUGUGCAUUCGCAGUACUACACGGAGACCCACCACAACGGACACAGGCCAUCGACGCGUAGGAUCUGUUUGCGAUGAAGUAACAACGGCAGUGGUCGGGAUGAAGGAGAAAGAAAAAAAAAAGAGAGAGACGCAGAGUCAACACAAUUCAUGGAAAUCACGUCACAGAAGACAGUGGAGAGAGGCAGAGUUUACAGAAAAUCGCGAUUUGGUAGAGAAAAUCCCAACUGCUCCGAUUGAUUUCUGGGAAAGAAGAAAACCCAAAAGUGAUGUCGAUUCAUGCACAACUGACCGACCGACUGGUGUUAGGAAAGUGACUCGACGUCGUACGAGUUUGGCCUUAAUACAUCAAGGUGAACCGUCUGGGAAACGUGAUAAAAUGCAAGAAGAGCUAAUGUGCGUCAUUCAGUAUGCUAUAGUGCAUUAA